CCGAUGUGCAUCCCAGGGCAAGUUGCUUCCAAUGCUGCACUUGUCAUAAGGAAUUAUUCCAGAGACCAUUCUUUUUUUCUGGAGCUCAGCGAUUAUUUCUGGGUGACAAGAGAGUCCCAAUUUCCCUUUCCAUUUGGCACAAAUGGCAGCGAGGAUAUAUUAUCGCAGGUGCUGGGUGUUGCAAAUGAUUUCAGCAUUCCACAUGAGAUUAAAAGGUUGCCGUGUAGGCGUUGCGUUGUGAUUGGGAGUGGAUAUCGCAUGAAGAACAGCUCUCUGGGUGACAUUAUUGAUAAAUAUGACAUAGUGAUCAGGCUGAACAAUGCCCCCGUCCACAAAUACGAGGAAGACGUUGGAAGCAAGACAACUUUACGCUUGUUUUACCCAGAAUCUGCUUUUUUUGACCCAGUGUUAGACAACAAUCCAGAUACGCUAUUGGUGCUGGUGCCAUUCAAGAAUCUGGACAUCCAGUGGCUAAAAACAGUCCUAAACAAUGAGACAAUGGUAAAAAAGGGCUUCUGGAAGAAACCUCCCUUAAUAUGGAAAGUGAAGUCUCAGAACAUCCGGAUCCUAAAUCCCUAUUUUAUGGAAUUUGCUGCCACGAAGCUGAUGCAAUAUGUUCUGACAAUACGCAAGAUGAGUGUGAGACCAACCAUCGGCUUCAUGGCAAUCUCUUUUGCUAUUCACUUCUGUGACAUGGUCCACAUUGCAGGCUUCGGCUAUCCAAAGAUAAAUGAUUCGCUCCCCAACCACUACUAUGACAAGAGCAUUAUGAAGAAAAUGAUAAGUGCAUCACAUAAGGUACCCCUGGAAGCAAUGAUAAUAAGAAAGCUUCUUCAGCAUAACGUCAUUCAGAACCUGACCUACUUCUGAAGACUGUCGCCUGGAAGAUCAGGGAUUACUACAUCCAUAUCUUCACACACGGUGCUAGACUGAACAGCGCC